AUGGGAGGUGACGCCAGGGCCGCCAUGAGCCUCGAACAGCGUGUCGCGGCCGAACAGAAGGACGACCUCGAUCUCAAGAAGUUCAAGACCAAGAUAUACGAGGUUGCCAAGCAGCCGCCAGGGCCAAACCCAUUCGAGCUGUACAAGCAAUCGGUCACUGGUACUCCAGCGUCGUCGUCGGCCAUCGACACGGGCAGAGCCCACCGCGAUCCAUUUGGCAGUUCCAGUGUGUCCUCGGACGCUGGCGCGAGCGCCAACGGGGGGGCAUUCAACACGGACAACUCGCCGCCUGAACCCCCGACUUCCAGUUGGGGCUCCUACUGGGAUCCAAAGCCACAAGGAGCUGGUCGUGAGACCUUGGACGACCACAUCCCCAACGACCUGCGCGCAGAGAUGGAAGCUGGCCGCCGCACUGAGCGCAAGUAG